UCCCCCACCACCACCUCCACCACCACUAGGUCGAGUCGAGGAGGAGGAGGAGGAGGAAGAGGAGGAGGAGGAGGGAUGAGGCGCGCGGCGGAGGGGAAAUGGCUGCCGAAAACAAGCCGGAAGGACUGAAGAAGAUAAGAAAUCCAGAGCGAAUGGUCAGGAUUGCCGUUGGUUACACAGGACACACCCCUCCCAAGAGUGAUGACACUGACGCCAACAAUGAGCCAGGCCAGUUGAAGAUCUACCUUCCUAAAAAGCUGCUAGAAUGUCUACCCAAAUGUUCCUCUCUGCCCAAGGAGCGCCAUCGCUGGAACACCAACGAGGAGAUUGCUGCAUAUCUCAUCACUUUUGAGAAACAUGAUGAGUGGCUGACGACAUCGCCAAAAACCAGGCCUCAAAAUGGCUCUAUGAUCCUCUACAACCGUAAGAAGGUGAAGUACAGGAAGGAUGGCUACUGCUGGAAGAAAAGGAAAGAUGGGAAGACCACCAGAGAGGAUCACAUGAAGCUCAAAGUCCAGGGAGUAGAGUGUCUGUAUGGCUGCUACGUCCACUCCUCCAUCAUCCCCACCUUCCAUCGUAGAUGUUAUUGGCUGCUGCAGAACCCAGACAUUGUGUUGGUGCACUACCUGAAUGUACCGGCAGUGGACGAUAGCGGGAAGCCAUGCGGCCCGGUCCUCUGCUCCAUCAACACAGACAGGAAGGAGUGGGCCAAGUGGAGCAAGGAGGAGCUCAUUGGACAACUCAAACCCAUGUGUGCUGGAAGCAGCCUGCAUCAGAAAUGUUCCAGUGUCAAGCAGCGCAUCAUCUCAUCCAAGCAGGAGUCAGGGACAGCAGCAGGAGGUGGAGCUGCAACGGGUAUGGGCGUAGUGGCAGGCCAGAGAGCUGAGGAAGCAGAUGGCACAGAGGUCCAGAACAGCGAUGUGUCAGAGGGCCAGACAGAGCCCAGUCCUGGAGGGGGCAGGAGCAGAACGGGUGGAGGAGAGAGGAGGAAUGGCAGGAUAACCAAGCCCUCCCUACUCCCACAGAGCAGCAUGGAAGUGUCCUCCUCUACUUCCACCAACCAGGUGGAGGUCCCUGACACCACCCAGAGCUCCCCAUUGUCAAUCACAAGUGACAUGGCUGAUAGCCCUGCUCUCGCCAUUGGGGCUGGCUUGUCACAGAGUACAGCUGUGUUCAUGUCUGAGGUCACCACGCUGACUGGGGAUUCGGUUUACUCUGCUGGCCACACCCACCUGCUGGCAUCCACCCAUGAGAGCACCACCGCUGGCAUCCUGUUGGCUGUUGCCCCUGAAAACCAGAGGUUUGCGUCAUUUCCUGGUGGCAUGGGCUUAGGGGAGGGAGGAGAGUUGGUUCUAUCCAGCUCUCUAGACUCUGGUGGAGGAGUCAGCCUUCCUGAGACCACCAUGACUUUUGACCCUGAUUGCUUCCUCAACAAUCCCAAGCAGGGCCAGACGUAUGGAGGAGGUGGAGGGAAGGCUGAGGGAUGUAACGGUGAUGAUGGGGGACUCAACUGUUCCUCUAACAACUUUGUCUACAACCCAGCUCUUGUCAACAACAUCAAGACAGAACCUACACCCCUGGAGCCGCCGCUGGCUGCUCAGAGCAGCUAUGUAGGAGAAGGGACAGGCCUCAGCCCCAGCACCACCCUGGAGCAGAUGGACUUCAGUGCUGUGAUGUCAUCAGCCUGUGUCCCGAGUCUGACCCAGCCUACGCACCACCCCUCCCCUGGCCUCUUCCUUCAGGCUUCCCCCCAGACAAGCCAGCCCUCCCAGCUGCAGACCAAUGGUACUGAGGCAACCCAGGAAUCAGGCGAGGCCCAGGCUUACAUAGGCCUGCCCACGGUGCCAACAGACACUCCAGUCACCAAUGGAGACCCGCAUACACACCUCCACCAAACCAGCCCGGACCAGCAGGGCCUUUGUGGAAGGAACGGACAAGGAGCGGCGGUGGGCUCUUUUCCUCUAACACCACAGGAUACGACCGCCGACCAGUCAGGCAGCAGGGGACAUCGAGAAGUCUUAGACAAGACUUCCGAGAAUGGAGGGGAGUUGCUAAUCAAGCCUGGGGAUCCUCACGAGGCCUACACGAGUGUUGACACCGAGCACUACCUGCAACCCACAGAUGACAAUGGAGGAGGAGAGGAGGGCGGGGGAGGUGGUGGAGCGGUGGGAAGAGGGGAAAAUGAGAUUCUCUGUAAUGGUGUAAGCUUGUCAGGGGCCAGCAGUUCAGUGGUGGCCAGUCCUCAGUCAAUAGCUGCUGGUGCAAGCAUUGAGGGGACGCUUUACAGCUCUCCUCUACCUCAACAGGGUGGGGGGGUGUCAGCUACAACAACUGGGGCCAUCAGUCUGGAAGGCUUUGAGGCUUCCUUUGGAAGCCAGUUCUCUGAUCUCAUCAAUGAUUUCAUCUCAGUUGAGGGGUCUGGAGGUGGGGUGGGGGCGGCUGUGACUGGGGUUCUGAUGCCCCAGGAGGGGGCAGCUGGAGAGGAGCAGGGCACAGGAGCAGGCCACCUGCAGGGCUCAGAGGUGGAGCAGGGAGCUCUGGGACUGCUCCAGGAGACUGGGAGGCUGUUUGGUGUGACAGACUACUCCCCAGAGUGGUCUUAUCCAGAGGGUGGAGUGAAGGUGCUGAUCACAGGUCCGUGGUUGGAGUCAGGCAGUGAGUACAGCUGUCUCUUUGACCACAUCAGUGUCCCUGCUGCCCUCAUCCAGCCCGGGGUGCUGCGCUGCUACUGCCCAGCCCAUGACACAGGACUGGUGAUGCUGCAGGUAGCUAUGGGUGGUGAGGUCAUCUCUUCCUCUGUGGUGUUCGAAUACAAGGCGCGUGACCUUCCUGCCCUGCCAUCUUCUCAGCAUGACUGGUUAUCCCUUGAUGAUACGCAGUUUAGGAUGUCCAUCCUGGAGCGUCUGGAGCAGAUGGAACAGAGAAUGGCUGAGAUAACCAAUCAGAACUCCAGCUCAGCAACCAUGGCAACCAAGGGUGGAGGAGUGGAGGGAGGAGGAGCCACUGAUCAGCAGUCUCAAAUUUCUACCGAUCAGGGUUCAUUCGAGGGUCGUGUUGUAGUGGUGUGUGAGAAGAUGAUGUCUCAGCCAUGCUGGGCUUCAUCUAAUCAGCUCGUCCACAGUAAGAACUCCAGAGGAAUGACCUUACUGCAUCUGGCUGCAGCUCAGGGCUAUGCAGGGCUCAUUCAAACACUCAUUCGCUGGCGCACAAAGCAUGCCGACAGCAUUGACCUUGAGCUCGAGGUGGAUCCUCUCAAUGUAGAUCACUUCUCCUGUACUCCAUUGAUGUGGGCAUGUGCUCUGGGCCACACUGAGGCAGCAUUGGUGCUUUACCAGUGGGACCCAAGAGCUCUGGUUAUUCCUGAUUCGCUGGGACGUUUGCCGCUCAACAUCGCACGAUCUCGGGGCCACACUCGAUUGGCUGAGCUCUUAGAGCAGCUGCAACAGACUCCUCAGGCUCAGGGCCAGCCUGCUGACACUUGGAUGGACAGAUGGAGAGGAGAGUCACAGACCAGCAGAAUAAGCAACAGCCCUACCCCAAACCCUAAUUCAGAGCUUAGGAGAGCCAGGACAGAGAACCAGCCAGACAACCAUAACCCGAGCUGGAGCCAAACAGGACACCGAACCCAACAGGGAACCCAGGGAGAACAGGGAGGCCCACCCCCAGCCAAGAGACUCAAACCCAGCCCUGACACCCAGCAACAGCUAGCUAACUCAACCCCUGGCCCCAACACCCUCACCUCCCUCCUCAACUCAUCCCCCAGUCCUAACCCCCAACGCUCUCUCCUCCCAAACACCCUUCAAACUCAACCCUCCAACCUCAGCUGUCAGAACGCACCUCCUGCCAGCUCCAGCCCGAACCGCCCUCAGCUCCCCAGCACGCCAUUCUCCCACCUGCAGGCCAGGAUAGGGGGGUCUGGAGGGGGCACCAGGUGGAGUCUGAGACAGACUCUGGGGCAGCGUGGCCUAGCCAGGAGGAUUCUGGGAAAAGAACGACUGGCCAUUCACCUGCGCCAAAGAGUGCUAUCUGACAGGGGAGAGGAGACAGAGCUGCUGACCUAUCAGGAUAACACAGAGGACUUGCAGAUGGACAUUACGAUGCUAGCUGAUCACAUCAUGGAGGCUUCAACUGUUAGGCUUAAGCAGGAGGCUAUGGAGACUGAAAAAGACUCUGGGAAGGUGGGGCGCAGCAGUGAUGUCAGGUUACUGUCUGGUUACCUUGGUGAGGUGGAGAGGUUUCUAAACUCCAGGUGCCAGACUCCUAGCCCCAAACCAAACUCUCUCUCAGGGCCUGAGGAUCAGCAGAGUCCUCAGGCUAAGCAAGCCCUUUCCUCCCCCUUCGACUGGACCUCCUUCCUCUGUGCAGCUAUGAAAGAGGAGAGGUUGAAAACGGACUCCUGUCUAUCCAUGACUGAGGCAGAGCAUGGGGAGCUCUAUGAGACCAUCAGGCAUGCUCUGCACUCCCUCAGAAAACACAAGGGUCCCAUUCAGGAACAACGCAAAGAGAUUGCAGCAGUGAUUCAGCGCUGCUAUAAAAGAUACAAGCAGUAUGCACUUUAUAAGAGGAUGACCCUGGCAGCCAUCCUGAUCCAGAGUCGUUUCCGGAGUUUCCAUGAGCAGAGGAAGUUCCAACAGAGUCGUAGAGCAGCGGUCCUCAUCCAGCAAUACUACCGCUCCUAUAGACACUCCCUUGGCAGCCUCCUCACGAAAAAACAGAACCAGGCUGCUCGCAAGAUCCUGAGAUUCCUGCUCCGAUGCCGCCACAGCCCCUUGAUGGACCAUAGGCCUCUGAAACGGGGCCAGAGAGCAGAGAAAGGCCAGGGGUCCUGAGAGCCCACCGCCAGACCCCACACAUAGCCCCCUCAGCCUGUGAGCAAUCUAUAAACCCUCCCCGUCCUCCAUCUUCUCCUUUUUCCUUUCUUCCAUCCUCCCAAAAACUCCCUAUCUUUUCCAUUCCCCAACCCCUUCUCCUGCCCUUUCCAUUCCUUUCCUCCCUCCUUCUGUCUCACCCUUUCUCCCCUCUUCUCUCAAGAGGGAAAAAAACUCUUCCCAGACAGACUGAGGACAGGAUAGGUGUCCAUCAUGGCAGCUCAGACAGACAGAGCCCAGGGACCUGGCUCUGCCCACAGCACUGAUCCUCCUCCACAGUUUCACUGGGAGGCCAUCACAUUAACCUCAUGGCAUUCUUUGCACUCUUCAUGGGUAUGUUUCUUUGCAAAAGCAAGUUGACAAGUCAGACGGGAGAACACGAGGAAGCGCCUGAAGACGACGUCCUGGCAUUAAUGGCAGCGUCUGGACGUGCUCCGGUGAACAGCUGGCUCAAGAUAAAGGCUACUUUGACAUGCAGAAAAUAUACAAAACAUUUCCUGUUUUGUAUCUAAACAGUAAUCCAUGAAAGAAAAAGAAAACAUAAACCAAAAAACUCUCUUCUAUGUUGCAUUUGCAUGCAAGGUUUUUCCGCUUAUUCCUCCUCUCCAUCAUCCUGAAGAUCUAUAGUGGCAAAUCAUUCUGCUGAUUCAAUAUUUCACAACCAACCACUCUGACUCACAGGCUUACAAACCUAUUAAUCAGUCACCCGAUCAAAAGGGGAGGAACUGCACUUGAAUGUAAGAGGGGCAUUGUUAGAUAAGGGUUUGGGUCUGAAUAACGAUGUCUUAAUUUGUUACAUGGACUUUGUAUGGAGUCGUUCUCAGAGGCAGCACUUUGCUCGCCUGACGUGGUGUGUCCGUGUUUGUUCAAUUCAAUGCAUGUAUUUGAGCUACAAGCUCCUGCAUGCUUGCCAAACUGCUUUAGUGUUGUUUCUUUUGUAUUUCUAUGUGAAGUUGUGUCUCACUUACGUCCUCAUCAACUUAUCCUUGCCCUGUUUAAUGUGAACUGUGUAAGGAAAAAUUACUCAUUUUGGGUGCUUUUUUUACUUUAUUUAUUUAAGGGUCUAAUAAUUUAUUUAAUUGGCUCAAGAGUGGUUCAGCUUGAGACUGGUUUUCCCCCCUUGUGUGGUAAAAUAUGACAUGUUCCAAUGGUUAAAUGUCUCUGUUAGUUUGUUCUUUGCGUGAACCUCUAAAUCCUAACUGUGGUUUUGAGGAGAGAGUCACAUACCAUUGCCUUGACUUCUUCUUGACUCUGAGAGGUCUCUAUGCUUGCUCUGUAAAGGACAUGGGUCAUAUACCUGCCCCUAUAUGGGGCAUUGGUCCCCAUAUUAGCCCAUAUGGGCGAUCAAAUCCAUAUUUUGGACUAUUGCAUAUUCCUGUAUAUAAACUGACGAGGUAAGGGGAUACGAGGACCCUGAAACUUUUUCAUAAGAGGACUGUAUUUAAGAUUAUAAAUUAUUUUACUCCCAUAAUGAGAACUUAAGACAGAGACCUGGGUACACAGGAUGGCUGUAUUGCUUGUAAAUAAUGUAGAUAUUGCAAACGGAGUAAUGUGCAUGAGAUUUAAGACAAAGAAAAAGAAAAAAGAACAUGUUAGUGGCUAUCGACUGUGAGAGGAUUUUAACUGCUUCACUUUAAGAGUAUCCAGUAUAAGUGUUACUGAAAAGAACAUUUUGUUAAAGCAUGCAACUGAAAAAUCUAAUGUUAGAAUUAUAAGUGGGAAAACAAAGUUAGCUGAAACAAUGAUCUUUCAGACAAAACAUUUACACUUUGUGCUUUUGUUUCUUGGCUAGCAAAAAUGAAACCCUUUUUGCCAGUAGUGCCAAUUAUUAUGAAUGCUAUUUUUCCUAACAAUAUGUUACGUUGGGGAAACCAACACCCAAAAGAUAGCAGUAAAAUCCACAGAGGCAACACACACACAGACAGUAAACAGUAGAAGAGAUUUAGUACUAGCUCAACCAUAGACAACUUCUGAGGUUUGCCUAAGGCAGACUUAAGUGUAGACGACGAUGAUGCAAGUAUGAAAAUUAUAAUAAUGGUGAUAAGAUGAUGAUGGCCGUUUUAAUAUGAAUGCAAUGAAUGGUGACCCAAAAUGGAUGAGGGUGCUACAUUCUUUACAAUAUGGUUGUGCUUCAGCAACAUACUAGCUUUUAUUAAGACCAUUAAUCACACCUACAGCGGAUCCAGCCUGGCCUCCAGUCAAAGCUUUCCAUCUUCAAACAGAAUGUCUCCUCCCCCCCGCUUUUUACAUAUCAUUUGAUUAAUUUUUAUUUUCUCCUCAUUGUCACUGCCAUUAUGAUACGACGUCUACUUUAGACUUCUGGAAAGCUCUGUUUAGAAAGUGCCUGCUCAAUAACAGAAAAGUGCAAGCUAAUAUCAGGAAAUAUCUAUUGUAUGUCCUCCAAAAGGUUGCCAGUUACUUGUUUAUUUUCCUAAAUUGUGUGUUAAAAAUGAACUUGACAGUGUUGAACUUGAUCCGAGUCUAAGUUAGAAGCUCGUAUUUGUCAGUGGUAUGAAUGAAUGCUCAUGGCCUGAUUGAUGCUAUGUGUUGCUUUAUGAGACAAACCAGUAAUUACAGUUUCACUUUAUGCCCCACUUGUGUGUCAGUUGUGCAGUAUCAGAACAAGAAAAACCAUAGAAUUCAGCCUCUGUGUAUGAAAGGCACUGUCACGAGUCUAUUCAAGGUCCCAGUGUUGCUGUUGGGAAAAAGAUGCGUUCUCUAGCAGGGACUCGCUUUGUCUGUCUUUCCUUAAAAAAUUGUUCUUGCAGCAUUUAAGUGAAAGCAUAACCCAACAGUUUUCCAGAGGACAAAAUAGCUGUCACUUUCUUUCUUUGUCUUUCUCUUUCACUCAUGUUCUCUCUCUUCUCACACACACACAACACACACACACACACACACACACACACACACGUCAAUACAUACAUACAGUACACAAAUGUACACAGACACAAAAAAUGCCACACUCUUUCUCUCUGUGCUUAUGUCUUUGGGAACAAUUAAAUCUCUCCCUUAGAUUUUACUCAGGGUUAAAGAACAGGGAGAUGGUAUGUGGAGUGUGAUGCUCGCCGACACAGAGUUGUACCGCUACUGGUGACUGUGUAUAUUGUAUGCAUAUAUGUAUGUGUACAUAUUUGUGUAGGUUAGGGAUACUCCAGUUGUUCAUUCACUAAUCUAGUAUCUACAAAUUUUAAAAUAAUGUUCUUGAUUGACGCACUCCUUCUGAGUCUCAUUUUGUGAAGAAGCAAAUGUGAUGUUUGUUUCAUCCGAGGUGUGUUUGCAUCACUUUUUCUACAAGAAAAAAAAAUCUCCAAAUCCCAUAUUUUAUAGGAUUCCGUUUGAUUAUAAACUAAAUUUAAAGCAAGUAAUGAGUGAUAUUUCUAUUUCUAUACUUGCUCUUGUUUUAAACGCACAAGAUUCUUGAUACAAGUAAUUGUUAAAUAAAAAUAGGUAACGGCCAUGUAUCAACUCAAUUUUCUUAAUUAAAAAAGUUGUAAGAGAUAGUAUAUUUAAAGAUUUACAAUUGGAAACAUCUCUAUAAUGUGUGUUUCACAUGUUUCCUCAAUUUUUAUCACACUGAGAGACAGCCAUGGUUAGAAUGGCACUGUCAAGAGAUUCCUGUUACGAUAUCACUUGAGCAUCCUCUUAAACUGCCCCUCCUCUCACAUCAGCACAACUCAAGUCACAAAGAACACUGCUUUAGACUCCUUCAUAUAUUAUAUAAUAUAUAUGCACACACAGACAAAUAUACACACACUCCAACAUCCAAAUGCUAGUGCUUAUCAACACACACACAGAAUACAUACUCAUACACAUGAAACUAGACACAGAUUGCAGAUAAUCCAUCAAUAUGUUCAUGUUUUUGGAGAGGACAGUGACUGUAAAAAGAGUAUGUAGAGUAGAAAAAGUAAAAAAAUACAAUGAAGAAAUAUUGCCAUAGUAGACAGCUGGUAGACAUGCACAGAGAUGGCCUCUGUUUUCAUAAGUCUGCCUAGAAAUGAAUGGUAUAACCUUUCAGGCCUUGUUUUGAGAGGGCGUGGCCAAACACCACAUUGCAUGCUAGAAUGGUAGACCCUUAUAGAUAAUCUAUGGCUAGACCUCUCCUUGCCUUCUUCUGCCCUCUUCUUUCACCCCGUCUUCCCUCUCUCUCUCGCUCUCUCUGUCUCUCUCUCUCUCAUUUCCUGUUGUAUUCCCACCUUGCCUGCUGUUGUGUUCUCCAUGCCUAUCUCAGUCUUUCAUUCCUGUUUUCUUUUCUUUUUUUGUAGCCUAGUUUUUACUUUGUUUUACCAACGUGCAUGCACAAGCAUCACUAAAUUGUUGAUGUUUUUAAAAGAAUAUUUUGUUGCUGAGGCCAUGCAAAGUGUUUUGAAUAUUGCCCUUAUAUGUGGAAAAUGUCUUCUGAAUGCUUUACAUAAUUUCUGCUGUAAAAUGAAAUCAGAAUAAAAAGAAAAUUUGCACUUUAA